AUGUCAUCACAACAUCCCUCCAUUAAUCAUCGAAUUGUUCUCCAUCCAAACAGUGAUGAAGAUCAUCACAUUGUUGACAUGGAAGAUAAUUCCGAAAACUCAUCAUCAGGUCUUGAAUCACCACUUUCCAAUUCUGAUCCCUCUAAUCAAUUUGAUAAUCACAUCACAAUGGAUAAUCAAAACAAUACUCUACGAAAAGAACUCUAUGAAUCUGUACAUUUUACCAAUAGGAUCCUUCUGAUAGAGGGAAUUUAUUCCUUCUAUCUUGAUGAUUCGAUAUUCGUUCUGGGUCUCAGAGUUUUCCAAAGUAUGCUCAUGUACUAUUCAUUUGUUCAUUCCACCCAACCAACCAUCCUCGGUAGAGUCUUUAAGAAUAUGAAUUUGAAGAAGAAGAUUUCUCUCGUGCUGAUCAUUGUUUUACCUCUCCUCUAUAUUCAUAUUGCAAAUUAUGUGAGCAAUGAAAAUUACUACAGACGUUCAAAACUCUACAAGAAGGAGAAUGAAUACUUUGAAUUGAUUGACUUUUUCGAGCAGGAAAAUCUCUUCACUAGUAAGAAGAAGAUUUUUGAUAAUGUUAAAGUUGGAGUUUACUUUCCAGAUCAAAAUAUUAUUGAAACAGAACAGGAUCAAAUUAUUGAGAAACACUUUGAUAUGAAAUUCAAAACGAAUCAACAAGAAGUGAAGCAAAUUAUGGAUAUUAUUUUACAAAAGAAAGUAUAUGAAAGUCAACAAGCAAUUAGAAUUGAUUCGGAAUCUAUUACUCUAUUCGAUAAUCAUCCUGGAUUAUUUGUUAUUUAUUUGUGUUUAUUCGAUAUAAUAUUUGCCAUUAUUCAAGUUUCACAUGUUACUACUUUGGCUCAAUUGAUGAAACUUUUAAAUAAUCCUAAUAAUAGUUAUUUUAAUUCUAAUGGUAGUGAACAGUCUUCUGAUGAAGAAAGCUGA